AUGUUGUCAAUUAAUCACAUACCGCCUGAAAUAUUAGAUAAAAUCUUUAAACUUUUCUCCUAUUCAGAGUUAACCUCGUGUGCUAAUGUUUGUUGGCAUUGGAAUGCAAUCAUUACCAAUUGUACGCUGCUUUCAUUCGAUAUCGCGAAAGACAAUGAAGUGUCAAGUCGUAGUUUAACAUUUCGUUUUGUUCCAAAUUUAACUGGUAUUUGUCUUCUUCUGAAACGUGAUCGUUAUGUGUUCGAAAUGGCUCAAAAAUUUAUUCAAUUGCAAAGUAAAACAUUAGAGAAAGUAAUUCUAGACUAUUCUCCGAAUGCUGAUCAUGAUCGAGGUGAAAAUCCUCAAAGAUGGGAUCCAUAUGAUGUGGGAAGAGUAGACCUAGUUUACGAGUUGACGAAUUUGCCGUUCAUAACCGACUUGAUAAUCAAUUUUCCGGUACCCGUUUUCCAUAAAUUCAACGAUAGGGCCUAUCAACUGCUCCAUCAUUUGUCACUCGAUAUAUCAGCUUCCUCCCAAAGUUAUUGUCAUACAUGCGGGCACAAUGCGACACUAUGGUGUAAUCUGUUGCAAUAUUCCGGUGCGUCGAUUAACUGGUUGUCGGAGUAUCCAAUUAAUAGUCCUAAAGUUGAAAUUGAUUAUUCAAAGCUCAAGGUCUUUCCUAAAGUUGACUUUCUUUCGCUUCGCACCAAUAUGUUUGAACAAGAUUAUGUGAAGCAAUUGUUCAUCCUAUUUCCGAGCCUGACAAAGCUUUCACUGUACGCAUGGACAGACUCCUAUGAAAAAUUGAUCGAAGUGUGUGUCCAAUAUGAACAAUUAACUCAUCUGAAAAUUCGUGUCUGGACAUGUUCUGGUAUGAAAUAUGAGCGCUAUGAAUUGAGUAGACUCUUAAUUAAUGAUAAAGUCAUCAAUGAAAUUUGUACUAAGCUACAAAAGUUGACCUCUCUUGAUUUGCAUGGACAUUUAGAUUUGAGUAAUCGGUCCUUAGAAAUGAUGAAUCAAAAUCAUAAUUUUGUCUCAAUUAAAAUCACUGAUGGUGGCAUUCCUUUCCAUGAAGUGGAUUUUCACGGUGUUCAAAAUAAACCAUCAGUUCAAUUCAGUGAAGAUGUACUGGUAGAUUUUGCAAAAAACCAUCCGUUAUUAGAACAACUUGAAUUAUAUGUUGGUCAAGUGAUAAUUUGCAAGGCAUUUACUGAUAAAUUCAUGGUCAAUUGUCCACGAAUAAAGGUGUUAAAACUGUAUAGUAGUAAUGAUAUUCAUCAAAAAAAUGAAUAA